AUGAAGUACUUCAUUGACAUGCUUGAGUACUAUGUUGGACUAGACAACACCGUUGAUUUUGAGGAAGAGAAGGCAUGGCUAGUCCAACUUAUGGGGCAUUGUUGCUCCGACGAUGAGCAUCUUUGUGCAGACCUGCUCAGAUACAAGGAGGGCUCCAUACUGAUUUCGUUGUCGCGCAUGCUGAUGGAUGACAGCAAGGCCGCCUGGAAAGAAGUCGUUGCGCUGCGGCAAAGGCCGGAUCACGAUCCCAGGUCGGUCCAUCCCAUUCUGAUGAUGCAGCGUUCAGCCUUGUUUGCCCUUUCUUGCCUAAUGCAACCACAGCACGUCGCUGAUCUGGUCAUGCGUGCAAUCGAUUGCAAGCUGGAGCGCAGACCCAUCGCAACCUUGGACAGAGAGACCGUUGCUGGGUAUUUUGCCGGACAGGAAUCGCGCAAGACCUAUACCCUUUCUUUCGUUCUCGUCAUGCGUUCUGGCCAAUGCGUGCACUCGAAAGUACCUGACUUUCAGCCGAUUGUUCUGGGCGCGAGCACCAACUUACCAAGUAUCUACGUGAACUUGCAGGACUUCAGACUCUGGAUUCAGAUCUGCACAGUUUCUGGGAAACACGAGACGUUUGUGUGCCAGAACAGCUUGGAGGAUCUCCCGCAAGGGCAGAUUGUGGUGACCAUCGUGGUGAAUGGCUCGUCCAUCCAAGCGUAUCUCAACGAGCAGGCGCAGCUUCCCAUAUCCAGGAAACUCAGCGAUGAUCCCAAGAUUGUGCAGGAUGGAGUUAUAUUUAGCGGGAAGGUUCAGCAACUGUUGCCCAAGCCUGGCCAACCCGUUUUCGAUGGCGUGCUCACCCUGCUGAGAGCCAGCCAGCACCCAGCAGCUCCACAUGAAGUGGAGAGCUCAAUCAAGGCAGCUCAAAAGGAAGCCAAGCAGAUCCUGACGCGACGGAAGGAACGGAAGGACACGACGGAGGGAGUUCCAGAUUCCGUGUACAAUGUGACGGAAGUGGCCUCGGCCCUGUUGCAGUACAUCAGGCUGCAAUUCCAUGAUGACCCCGAGACCCGCAGGGAGAAGCGGCGUGUUGGAGAGCUGGAUCUCAUUGACCCCACCACCACGAUGUGGAUGAUCGCGAACAGUGGAGUCUGCUCCCAGCUUCUACCCCAGUCCCAUCCGCGCUAUGUGGGUCUUCUAAAGACUCCACUGCAAAGGGCCAUCUUCUUGGCGGCGCUUGUUGCAGACAACUUUGAGAAGACGGAGGUGCAUGAUAUUCAACUCGGAUUCCCGCCUGACUUUGGACCUCAUGACCGGUCCCGGCCAAAGCCGCCAGACCAUUCAGUUUUGGUCGCAGUAUCAGUCUUCCUUAGCCAGCUGCUCCAGUCACCUCGAGGACGGAUGGUCAUGGCAGAGGACUCUUCCGCAAUGCUGGUGGUUCGACUCAUUCCGAUGUGUGGAGUGCGCCUGGACCUCUCUGGUUAUGUGCAGAAGUCCUUUCGCACUCUUACCUCCAAGAUGUGCGCCCUCCUGCUACACGCCAAGCAGGAUGCCCCUACAACAUCCUUGGUUUUAGAUGCACUUUUCAAGAAAGCCCUGAGUGAUGACGGCCUGAUCUACAAGGAAGACUUGCAGAAUCUGCUGCUGUCACACGGGCUGACUGCGCUUUGGGACAUCAUGCACAACUGUAUAUCAACCCGAACCAAAGGGCAAGCCCAAAAGCAGCACUUGCAGACGGAGAUCACCACCCAGACUGAACUGAUACGCACAACUGAGCAAAUGCAGGGUCAUGAUGAAGCGACCCUGACAGUGCAAAAGCAACAAGUGGACAGGCUAAAAGCAGAUCUGGCCAAGCUUCAGAACGAAAUUCAGGACCAAGAGAAUCUGCUAAUACACUGUCAGAAACUUCAGCGCCAGUUCUUCCUGCAGCUUCAUCACAUCAUGGAUGAGAUCAUCCACGGCCUUCCCUUGCGCCCGACAGACUUACGAUUGCUCACCCAAAUGGUGAACGUUGCUGCUGGAACGCAUUACGUCGGCUUCUUCCGCGGUUGUGAUCUCCAUGCACAGAAGAUGCUCGAAACCGAGCUGGCUGAAGGCAUGCCCUGGGAAGUUUGGUUGAAAUUCGAGUUUCCUGGGGCAUCCCGUCUCCAAGCCAGCGUGUCCAAGCAGUUCCCGUUCAGGUCCAGGAUGCGGGGCCCAAGCAGCAAAGUACUUCUCAAUGUCAUGGAGGAUGCGAGCCUCCGUGAUGAAAGAACCAUUUUGUCACCGAAGCUGCGCAGCGGCUCCUUGUCAAGCAGCGACCACGUUUACGUGCACGUGGUCGGAUCCCAAGAGAAGUUGCUGGCGGAUGUUGAAGCCCGAGUUCUACCCGUCUUUGACCCGCCGCUGCGCCUACCCGAAGAACACGUGUCCUAUGAGGGCCGCAUCAUCGAGUUCGCAAGCGCCGUGCUGAAAAAGGACGACUUGCCACCCGACACGUACGCGAACGUGUGCUUACUUCUGGCUUCGCAACGCAGCGACAUGAGAGCAACGUCCUGCAUUCCUCACUUGGCCUCGAUUUUGAUGACCUGCUGUAGGGAACUCUGGGUCGGCCGGCUUGUGUGCACUGAGCUGUUGCAAGGGGUGUUGUACCCAGAGAAACACCUUGCGCCCAUACUUUAUCAGGCCGGCACAGCGGCCAGCACGCCACUGGAAACAAGACUCUGCGUGUUGCAGAUUUGCAGCCAGGUCGUCCAUCCUGCCAUGACGCCCAAGGAAGGUUUUCUGCAGUUUCUGGAGAAUGUAUACCGUCAUCGCAUUGAGCUGCCACGUCCUGCGGACGACGAGUUGGAGCGCCCAGCUUUUGGUGAAGAACACAAGAAGGCAUGCGCCGUGACAUGCUUGAUGUCAGUGUUGCACAAGCAGCUCCCUCGAGUCUUUCAAGUUGCUCUCUUCAAUCUCACGGAGGCGAUCCUUGCUCGAGAUGCCGAGGAAUGCCUGAAACUGAUCAACGAGAACCAGUGGGCAGAUGGCGCUGUGGUGUACCAGGAGCAAAAUGCUGGAAAAUUUGCCUUCUGGCGAGAACUCCAUUGGUUUCUGAUGUACGGCCAUCCGGAUGUCCAGGAUGCAGCAGUGCGGGUGCUGCUGAUUCUGUUUUGGCAACAGAGUGAGAAGCUCAUGACGCUGAUCUGCGGAACAGGUGACUCAGGAGAUGGGCAGCUCUCAGAAAACUACUGGCUACUUGUUCCGCUGCUAAAACUACUAGGGCACAACAGUGAUGAUGUCGUCGCUGAUUUGCUGACGCUCUUUGCUCCUCUGGCGGAGGGUAGCACUGGCACCCAUGAUGAGGAGGAUGAGGGAAGCGAGGAGAGCCUCAUUCGACAGGCUCGCAAAGUCAUCAAGAACCGCUCUGAGAUACUCAAAGAUGCCAUGGUUCAAGUUAGUCCAAGAUUCAUCGUUAGAGCGAUGGAUUGGCCCUGCGAUGUCCGAGACUUUGUCCUGGGCAUUGUGCUCACACGCUCGGUCAUGCAGGAGCUGACGGUGUCCCCGAAGCUUGCAGAAGAAUUUUGGGCCGUGAUGGUUCAUCUCUUAACGGAUUGUGGACUGGCUGGGCAGUCUUGGGUAUCACAGACGCUCAAAGAGCUUGCAGAAACGACGAAAUCAAGGGUGUCGCUGUCUGGCGGCGAAGAUCUGCGCAUGGUUCGAAGCGUGUGUUCCCCCAAGGUCCUGUCUUCAAGCAACACAAGACGUAGAAUGCUAUCAUCUUCCAGCACAGGCAUAGGCAAACACGAAAGCGACUCGAACUGCUCACGGACCCCCUGA